CGCGUUCAUCUGCUCCAUCUGGUGGCUGGAUCGACCAGGAAAACAAAAAUUUGGAAAAUUCAGCUCUUGCCCCGCCAGCUCUAUUGGCUGUGUGAAUGCUCAUUGUGUGUUGAACCUUGCCUUUCGCCCAAAUCCGUUGCUCCCAAUUGCUUAACUGAGACUUUAGAACUGCGGACCUACGAGGUCACGGCUGCUUGCUAGGCUGGGACAGCACACUUUUGCAUCAGGAAUAAAAGACAAGGAGCGAUAGCAGUAGAAAACAUAACAGGCUAAGCACCGAGCUUCCUUUCCUUUGGACUUUCCAUUGUCCUGCGGCUGUGUCCGCUCCGACGCUUCGGUCACGGCAGCAUUUGCGCUGUUUUAGGCUUUUGAAGCACCGAGGUCACCGGACUAGGUGUUGAAUAUCCUUGAAGGUAUGCCCUUACUUGCAUCGUCUUCACCUAAGCUGUUCCUAGCGCGCUUUUACCUUAGACGCAUGCCUUUGCAAGAUGGAAUCGUAAAACGCAGUUACCUGAGCAUCCGCUGAGAUUUAUGCUGAUGAUUGGAAACAGAAUUAAAUGACCCUAUUCUCAACAUAAUCUAAGCAUAUCUGGAAAAUCCUCAUCAAGGAUUCUCAAAUCAUGGAUCUUGACACGGAGGAUAUACAAAUGACGGGCACCAAUCCAGAGCGACCGCCACAGUCUGAAUCGGCUCCUGUCAGCAUACGAGCUACCGAGGUCGGUGCGCAAGCUCUAGCGAUGGAGGACGCUGCACCCGUCACUACUACCAAUGGCCAAGUGAGUAGUGGCGUUGAUGACGCUUCAAUCAAUAUUAUGAAUUUGCCAGACCCAACCCAGGUGUCACAGCUCAGAGCCACGCCGCAGUCACAGACAUUCCAGGAUACGGCAUCCGAAGAAGAUGGCACAUCGGCUUCUCAGUCCUCGCUUCCCAUAAAAGGAACUGGGAUCAACAGUCACACUGUGCCUCGAAAGCUGCAAGGCGUUGUCAUUUACUCGGAACCAGCUGCCCCAAAUCUACCAUAUGCGUCACAAAGAACGGGUCUGGUCUAUGACCCACGUAUGCGCUUCCACACCGAGCUGGAAAUUGAUGAAGAUGAGGAGAUACAUCCGGAGGAUCCUCGUCGAAUCUACGAGAUUUACAACGACCUUGUUCAGGCUGGUCUCGUGGUCGUCGAGGGCCAGGAAGUAGAUGAGCGCUUGAAACCAUACAAGCUGAUUCGAAUUCCAGCACGGGAAGCUGAGGCCGGUGAGAUCUGUCUCGUCCAUAGUCAGCGGCACUAUGAAUGGAUGACAACGCUGAAGUCGCUGCCGAAAGAACAGCUCAUCCAAAUGGGCAAGGCAGCUGACUCGCUGUAUCUCCACCCCCUCAGCUUCCUCUGCGCUAAAUUGUCGGCUGGCGGCGCGAUUGAAGCAUGUCGUGCUGUAGCCGAGGGUCGCGUCCGAAAUGCCAUGGCUGUAAUCCGACCGCCGGGCCACCACGCUGAACAUGACAAGCCAGGCGGUUUCUGCUUUUUCGACAAUGUUGCGAUUGCGGCACGUGUCUGCCAGCGGGACUUCGGUGAUCGCUGUCGCAAGAUCAUGAUUCUUGAUUGGGACGUGCAUCACGGCAACGGUGUGCAGAUGGCAUUUGAAGAUGACCCGAACGUUCUAUACAUAUCACUUCAUGUGCACAACAACGGAAAAUUCUAUCCGUCAGGCGACUACGGUGACCACCUUCAUGUCGGCACGGGCGCAGGGGAGGGACGCAAUAUCAACAUACCGUGGCGAACGAAUGGCAUGACGGACGGUGAUUACAUAUAUGCUUUUCAACAUAUUGUCAUGCCAUGCGCUUAUGAGUUCAACCCGGACUUGGUCAUCAUAUCGGCUGGCUUCGAUGCAGCUGAAGGUGAUAUGCUGGGUGGCUGUCACCUUUCGCCUGCGGGCUACGCGCACAUGACGCACAUGCUUAUGUCCCUCGCAGGAGGCAAGGUGGUAGCCUGUCUCGAAGGAGGAUAUAACUUGCGUGCCAUUGCUCGUUCAGCGCUCGCGGUCACACGUACACUGAUGGGGGAGCCACCGGAUAGACUUUCCGAGAGCAUCGAAGCCUCGCAAGGCGCGGUCGACAUCUGCAACCUGGUAAUCCGCACUCAUGCUGCAUAUUGGAAAUGCCUGUAUCCCAAGAAUAAGGCCAAAAAUCGGUUGCAGAACAUGGGAGGUGAGCGGCUGCACGACAUGCUGCGCCGUCUGCAGGCGCAUGAAUACGCUACGAACUACAAAAUGGCUGAGCUAUGGAUUAUGCGAGAGAAGCUGUCCAAGUCCUUUGAGCGACAGGUGCUAGCCACGGACGGCUACUCUGAUGCUAAGCCGCUGCUCGUCAUCUUUCAUGACCCGCCAGAGACUCUUGGCGAACAAAAUACGCACAGCGGCGCCUUUGACGCGCAUAAUCUGAUCGUAACCGAUGUUGCAAAGCAGUACUUGGAAUGGGCCAUUUCUCAAAAAUUCAGCGUAAUCGAUGUCAAUGUGCCCAAAUACGUGACAAAUGAAGAGAAUAACGAGAAUUUUGAGGACAUUGAUCCUUUGGAAACACGGUUGAAAGCAAUGCGCGAAUGCGCUAUGUACCUAUGGGAGAACCACAUCGAGCCUUACGAUGCAACAGAUGUGUUUCUUAUGGGUGUAGGAGACGCCGCGGCGGCAAUUACCUACCUACUUUCGCAUGCGGAUGACAUUCAGCAACGCAUCAGUUGGGUGUUCAACUUCACGUGCGAGCACGACCUGCGUGCCGUCCAGCGAGCGGGCGACGAUUAUUUUGCUGACUGGUAUUUCAAGCACAGUAGUUGCUUCGUCGCGCAUGACCAUCAGGCAUGGAGCCCGGAGCGCACGAGGCGCGUCCGCCGCAAAUACGGGAACCUCAUCCGCAGCGGGUCCAACGACCUCAACGAGAUUCUUCUCGAGGCUAAAGAGAACGUACAGGAGCGCAUGAUGGAGCUGACACGCAAAUGGCGUGAGUACGAGUCGCGGAAGAUGAGCGUGCCUCCGCCGCCCACGUCUAAUGCCACAUCUGCUAGCACAGCGUCGUCUCAACGGAUAUCAAACAUACGGACGGGUCACUCGCUCGGUGAUGAAUUACGCGGAGCACUGCCAUCUGCGAAGAUCUCAGCUCCGUAUCUCGAACUCGGAGGUGCACCACAAUUUGGUCAUCAGCCCGAGAUGCUUGUUCGGAGCAGUCCAGGAGCAAGUCCUCGACGCGAAGCCAUGAAAAGUCCAGUGAACAAGCUGCCUCCCAUGGGCAUGUUCUACUCUAGUCCUGAGCGAGGUGCCGGCUUGCGCAGCCCAAUGACGAGUGGUAGUCCCUCUAGACGAAUUUGAUUUGCAAGAUGGUACCCAUUUGGCGGUCUCAAUCAACGCAAAAAAACACAGUCGUCUCUUUUAGACACCUGGUUUAUGUGUUCGUCAAGGCUGCUACUAUUUGAGAAGCGUGGUUAAUCUUAUAAGAACAGGAUUGAGAUAUGUGUCAUAAUAAAUAGCAGUUGAAGGAGGAUGUCAAGAGAUUUCAUGUGCUUCGCUUCAUUUUCAAGGCGAUUAUGCUCUCUUCCCUUUCGCCAGCAGUCCACACGUACAGACUUCGUUUUUGCUUCAUCUCGGCGCAAGGCCGCCUAGGUUCCUCAUGGUGUUGGUUUCAUCACACUUUACCCCUCUUCGUCUGUACACCUGCUGCUACGGCGUCAAAAGCUCCGUGACAGUGCCCUGGCGCCUAUCAAGUCCAGCGCCACGCUGCAACUCAGAUCUCAUAAAAGCGCCC